AUGGACAGCGUGAUCGCCUCCUCAUCCGGGGACCAUCACUGGUACACCGUCAACCACCACCGGCCGACGUUUUGCAACUUUUGCCGCGGGAAGCUGAGCGGCGUGCCUUGGCACGGGCUGGGUUGUGAAGUAUGCAAAGUGAAAGCGCAUAAGCACUGCGCCGAGCGGAUACGAGAGCCCUGUAAAUGGACGGUGGAUGCGAGUAUACCACCGCAACUUCAAUAUGUUAACCCGGAGAACACCCUAAUGCCGCAUCAAUUCGUCGAAGGCAACCUGCCAAUGUCAUCAAAAUGCGUAGUCUGCGAGAAAGUUUGCGGUUCGGUGCUGAAGUUGCAGGACUGGCGAUGCUUAUGGUGUUCCUGUUGUGUCCAUGAUGCCUGCCUAUCCCAACUGGCUCGAGGGUGCUCACUCGGAAAUUGGGCAUUAUCUGUACUUCCGCCACUUGCCAUCAGAACCGUUGAGAAGGAGGGCCAAGUGAGCUUACGAGCCGACGCCUACGGUGGUGACUGCGGAGGCGGUUCCCCUUUGCUGGUUCUCGUGAAUAGCAAAUCUGGUGAUAAUCAAGGUCAACGCAUGAUCCGAAAAUUCCGAAGAUUACUGAACCCGGUCCAAGUUUUUGACAUUUGCCUGAGCGGCCCGGCUCCGGCGCUGACCUUCUUCAACAGCUUCGACUCGUUUCGGGUGCUUGUCUGUGGUGGAGAUGGGACUGUUGGCUGGGUGUUGAGCACCUGUGAUCGACUGAAUAUGCUGGGAAAGUGUCACAUGGCCAUCCUCCCACUUGGAACGGGAAAUGACCUAGCAAGAGUCCUGGGCUGGGGCCACGCCUUCUAUGAUGACAACCAACUACCUCAACUCGUUCGGACGUUUGAAAGAGCGCACACGACAAUGUUAGAUCGAUGGAGUGUCUACGCGAUGGAUGAGGUGCUCUACGACGCGGUCCGGAACUUUGAAAAGCGAUUGGCUGAACGGGUCGAAGAUGUGCUGAGUGCCGAGCAGCCGAAGAAGGUUAUCGAGUCAUCGAAAAAGCUAUGCAUCACCGCCAAGGAGCUGAUCGAAAAAGUAGCAGCGACGUAUGGCCAAGUAGAGGAAUGGGAAGCACAAGCCGGGACCCCGACUGAUGAUCCGAUUUCUCAGACAUGCUCCACCUUCCUGGCCAAGCUGGAUUCCCUGAUGAAAGAACUGCCAGAAUCGCCAACGUUAGAUGAAAGUGGUUUUGAGCAGGACAAUGAUGAUGAAAGCAUCGGAAUCCAACCUCCUACCCCGGCUGCAAACUCGCGAGAACAAUCCACCCUCUGGCCAGAAGACUAUAAAGAUGCAAAACAUUUGGUGGACCGACCAGAGCCAGAAGAUGAUGGAAAUAUAGAAAGACCAGACCGCCUCUUCAAGCCCUCUUCAGAAGGCCAUCUGUACACCCAGGCGGGCAGCGAGAUCAAGAUGAGCCACUCGGAUAGCAGUAUCUACGAGCACUCCACGGACGUACCGUCGACAUCUACUGCCAUUUUGACGCCCAGAACACCAGGGACGGUCGCUUGGAACAACCGGAUAAAGGGCAAGAAGAGAUCGGUGGCUGAGGCGCCGGCGCAGAGAGACCAAUUCAAAGAGCUGAAGGUGAUGAACAACUACUUUGGGAUCGGGCUGGACGCCAAGAUCGCGCUCGAUUUCCAUAAUAAACGUGAAGAAGGCGGCCCGGAUAAGACGAGAAGCCGCUCAAAACUCCUAUUUUGGUACGGGAUGCUGGGUGGGAAAGAGCUGAUGCACAGAACCUACAAGAAUUUGGAGCAGCGGAUACGAUUGGAAUGCGAUGGAAAACUGCUAGAACUUCCAAACUUACAAGGAAUCGUCAUCCUGAAUAUUCCAUCCUACUCGGGCGGCGCCAAUUUUUGGGGCAACGCCCGGGACGAUACCUUUAAAGUGCAGUCGUACGAUGACAAGUUGUUGGAGGUCGUCGCCCUAUUCGGAGUCAUCCACGUCGCAACAUCGAGGGUUCCAAACAUGAUGGACGCCAAUUCCGACACGUGGUCGUUGCGUGAAGAAGCUGUGGCCGGAGUUGAAGGAGUUGUGGAUCUGCUCGAAGACCAUUUCGGAUUCCCAGUCCCGCGAUCACCCCAAGCCACCGGUAGCAGCGGAGGGCUGGAUUCUAAAAAGCACUCCACAGCUGGUCUACCCCCCGGCGGCACGCUGUUCACCUUUGACACCAAGGGCGAUGAGCCGGACAAGUGGCGCUACGUGAUCAACUCGAUGCGCCAGACGUUGGCUAGAGAAGAGGCUACGAUCAAGGAAGAACGGCGUCGCGUCCUGGUGGGUGAAGGUAGAAAGCGGAGUCGCUGGACGACGUGGUUGAGCAACAAGUUCAGCAGAAGGAAGAGGCCGAAGAAUGAAGUCUCCACCUGGUCCGUUGAAGAAGUCCAAACCUGGCUCUCGUCCCUCGGCCUAAGCUCCUACAUCGAGCAGUUCAAGGCCAACGACAUUUCCGGGCAGGAGCUUAUCCAUUUGGAAAGAUCCGACUUCAAAGACCUCGGGAUCAUCAAGAUUGGGCAUGUCAAGCGGUUACAGACCGCUAUCAACGAUUUGGUUGAAAAAGAAAACGAGUCCCGCACCCGGGCAGGUAGCGUCUCCGUUGCCGUGCCCGAGCUGCCGUCGUUGAGCAGCCUC